UUUGAGGCCUCGCUUGUCGUUGAAGCAAGCUUUACCAGAGGACCCAGACGAAGAAGAAGCGUGUCGGCCGUGGCGCAAGAAGAUCUUGUUUUUCUCACCUCAUUCGGUAAUAAUGGCGUUCAAAUUCAGUUGGGUUUCUCUGAUGAAAAUCUCGCUGUUUCUGUUGCUGAUUGGUGCAAUUGUGAUUGCUUGCUUCACUCUCCCGAUGAAAAGAUAUUGAAGGAUUUCUUAUUAUGGAUCGAGAAAGAUCUUGGUCCGUGGGGCCCACUAGUGCUAGCUCUUGCAUACAUUCCUUUAACCGUGUUGGCUGUUCCAGCUUCAGUACUUACGCUCGGUGGUGGAUAUCUCUUUGGCUUGCCCGUGGGUUUUGUUGCCGAUUCUAUUGGUGCAACAAUUGGUGCUGGAGCUGCAUUUCUCCUCGGUCGAACAAUCGGAAGGUCGUAUGUUAUUUCCAAGUUAAAAGACUACCCUAAGUUCCGCGCUAUCGCGAUUGCAAUUCAGCGAUCUGGAUUUAAGAUUGUACUGCUGCUUAGGCUUGUACCUUUACUUCCGUUUACCAUGUUGACUUAUCUCUUAUCGGUGACACCGGUACCUAUAGCUCUAUACAUGCUAGCUUCGUGCUUGGGUAUGAUGCCAAUUACUUUUGCGUUGGUCUAUGUUGGGACAACUUUAAAGGAUCUUUCCGAUGUUACACAUGGAUGGCACGACUUCUCAAAAACCCGAUGGGCAUUUAUUCUAAUGGGUCUCGUGGUAUCCGUGGUGUUACUGGUUUGUGUUACUAGGGUUGCAAAGGCUGCUUUAGAGAAAGCAUUGGCCGAAAACGAGGAUACAGAUAUCGAUAUUCUUUCGCCGCAAUUACCGGUUAAGGCGGGCCCCACUCUAAAUCUCCACGAGCCGCUUAUAAUAAGGAUCGAUUCCCCUCAAGACAAUCACGAGAAAUAGUUUUUUUUUGUUGAAGUGUAAAUUCUUUACUCGUUUUCUAAUCGGCUUCUUUUCCAAGCGAUGCUUGAUAUUCCAUCUGUACAGCCGAUUUUUUAAUUUUUUUUUUGCGAUAUAUAUAGUCUAGCUAUAUUUUACACCAUAUUGAGAUAGUCAUAGAUAUAACUUAUAAGUUCAAUAAAGCAACAAAUUUUACUUCUUGAAUAGUGACAUUUCUAUAAGUUCUUGA